UAGCCAGUUCAGUUCAGUUCAAGGAUCCGUUUCCCUCUUCCAGAAGCUUCAGGAAAAGCCACGCGAUUACAAGGGCUCUCUCUCUCUCUCUCUUGCUCUGCUUAGUCUAGAGCGCCAUGGCUACGGUUCCCAGCAAGCACGGUCGUGAUCAAACUCUGGAUUUCCAGGGGUUUUUGAAUGACUUGCAGGAUUGGGAGCUUUCUCUUAAGGACAAAGACAAGAAAAUGAAACCUCAAGCUCCUCAUAAGGAAAAAUCGGUUUCUUCUUCUCAGAGUACUGGAAAAACUCCGACAGAUGAUUAUUCAAGGAGUUAUACAGGAAAAACUGAUUACUCCAGAAACUAUGGAGUUAAUCCUAUAUCAAGUAGUUUCAUUACUGAAGAGAGUUUUCCAGAUGCUACUUCAGAGAAAGAACUGGGUAAUGAGUACUUUAAGAAGAAGAAGUUUAAGGAAGCUAUUGAAUGCUAUUCAAGAAGCAUUGCCUUGUCACCAACAGCAGUGGCUUAUGCAAAUAGGGCAAUGGCCUAUCUCAAAAUCAAAAGAUUCCAAGAGGCUGAGGAUGACUGUACAGAGGCUUUGAACUUAGAUGAUCGUUAUAUAAAAGCAUACUCACGUCGAGCAACAGCUAGAAAAGAACUCGGGAAAUAUAAAGAAGGCUUUGACGAUGCUGAGUUUGCCUUGAGGUUGGAGCCUCACAACCAAGAAAUUAAGAAACAGUAUACUGAGGCCAGAUCUUUGUAUGACAAAGAGAUUCUUAAGAAGGUGUCUGGACCGCUGAGAAGCCCUGCGCAAGGAAUUCAGAAAGUAGGAAGUUCAGAGAGCAAGGCUAAUGGACCUAGUGUUCAUCCUGUCUUAAGUAAUACUCAGAGGUCAGGAGUUGCUGCUGUUCAAGAUCACACCAAGGACAAUGAUGGGCUAUUCCCUGUGAGGGCAUCUGUAUCUGUGGAGGAAUUAGAAAGCAGAAGUGUGAAUGCUGGAAGAAGAAAAGAAGGACAAGAAGUUGAUGGUUCACAUGUAGAUGCUAUUCAGAGUUCUAGAGUAGACAGUCUUAAGAAAAAUUACAGUACUAGAAACCAAGAGCUGAAGAUGUCAGUGCAAGAGCUCGCUUCUCAGGCCACUUCUCGAGCCAUGGCUGAAGCUGCAAAAAACAUCACACCACCAAAUUCAGCUUAUCAAUUUGAGGUUUCUUGGCGGGGACUCUCUGGUGACCGUGCACUACAGGCUCGUUUGUUAAAGGCUGUAUCUCCAACUGCAUUACCUCAGAUAUUCAAAAACGCUUUGUCUUCUUCCCUACUAAUCGACAUUAUCAAGUGCGUUGCUACCUUUUUCAUUGAAGAAAUGGAUCUGGCUGUCAACUAUAUAGAUAAUUUAACCAAAGUCUCAAGAUUUGACCUGCUCAUCAUGUGCCUUACAUCUACAGACAGGGAUGAUCUCAGCAAGUUGUGGGAUGGAGUAUUUUGUAGUGAGGCAACUCCAAUCGAGUACGCAGAGAUGCUUGAUAACCUUCGUUCAAAAUACUUCCUCAAGCGGUGACAGAUAUGCCUUGAAAGAGAUAUUUUAGAGAUGGUGUUUGAGCUAUCGAGUUUUGCUUUUGUUCUAAGCAAUCAUCAUCAUAAAUCACUUAAACAAACUUGUUUGUCUUAAUCUUAUUGGUAGACCAUUAUAAAUAAUUUUUUUUCCCCCCUCAA